AAGGAUAUUUGAAAGUUCGUCGCAAGCGCGUGUUGUGCGCAUGCGUGGUCGCCGAAGGUCCCGGAUGCCAGGUAUAUAAGGUUGCGCGGAGCCGGUCGAAGUCACAGUUCUAUUAUCACACUCUCAAGAUGAGGAACGUCGUCGCACUUCUCCUUGUAGGCGUGGUCGCCACCGGCGCCCAGGAAUCGUCCGUCGCUCUCGAAGGACCCGGGAACUUCGUGUGUCCUCACGAGUUCGGUUUCUACGCCCACGAACUCUCCUGCGACAAGUACUACUCGUGCGAGGCCGGCGUCCCUACCCUGAAGGUCUGCGGCAACGGCCUGGCCUUCGACAACAGCGACCCCGAGAACCUGAGAGAGAACUGCGACUACAGCCACAACGUCGACUGCGGUCUUCGCACCCAGCUCGAACCCCCCAUCUCCACCCCCCACUGCCCCAACCUGUACGGAAUCUUCGCUGACCCUGACGACUGCUCCGUCUUCUGGUCCUGCUGGGACGGUGAGGCCUCCCGCUACGCUUGCGCCCCCGGCCUGGCCUACGACAGGAAGUCCCGCGUCUGCAACUGGAUGGACAACAUUCCCGAGUGCAAGCAGCAGAGAGACGCCAUGCAGCAGGACUUCGUGUGCCCCGCCCCAGGAGAGCUCGUGGCCACCGGGUCCUUCAGCCGCCACCCUCACCCCGACGAUUGCCGCCAAUACUUCAUCUGCAUCGACGGCGUCGUCCGCGAGUACGGCUGCCCCAUCGGCACCGUGUUCCAGAUCGGAGACGCCGACGGGCUCGGGAAGUGCGAGGACCCCGAGUUCGUUCCCGGAUGCGAGGACUACUACGGCGAUCUCGACCUCGCUGCUAUUCGCGGAAGCCAGCUGCUCCUUGGGAACUUAGGCCUCCAGAAUGCCGGAAAUGCAGCCCGGUCCCGACGCCCUUCAGCAACAGCAGCAGGAGCAGCAGAAACCCCUGCUGAAACCCAAGCCUAAAGAGUCGUUGAGGAGUACUAUGGCGACCUCGACUUGAAGACUCUGCGUGGUCUCGGAUUGUAAAAUAGGAUCUAGCUUGUAAAAUUUUGCAACCUUUUAGACAGACAAACAAACAAAAAUCAACUUAGAGAUUUUAUAUAUGUAUAUAUAAUUAUAUAUAUAUAUAAAUAUAUAUAUAUAUAAUAUACAUAUAUAUAUAUAUAUAUAUAUAUAUAUAUAUAUAUAUAUAUACACAAUCAAAAGUUUCUCGAAGUUGAGCUUUAUGUCCCUCCCUCUUUCCCCACCAUUCCGUCUCCCCCCCCUCCCCAACGUUUUGUAGGAUAGCUAAUCGUUCAUCAAAACUCCCAUCUUUUCAGACUCGUCCUGAGUUGUUUUUUAUUAUACCCAUUGUACAUCGCGAAAAAAAUAUAAGGGUUUUUCCUACUAUGUACACGUUUAGGAAAACCUCAGGACACACUCAUUCAUUCUCAAAAAAUUAGCAAACCUACUUUUUCCCGUCUGGCUCCUAACAACACCUGGCCCCCCGCGCUAGUCAGGACUUAUAACACGCAGUUGUUUUUGUCAACACCAACUGAUAAGAAAACAAAUAUAUAAAUGCAUAGAGAGAAACAAUAGCCAAAAAUAGAUAGAGAAUAACCACAAUAAAUGAAUAGUUAGAGAAUAUACAAAAGAAACGGAAAAUAAUUAGUCACAAAAACAGAUCGGAAAUGUACCCAAAUUCAUCCAGUAUUAACUCCAAGGAAGCAGCUAUUCAGUGAAUUGCUGUUUCCUCAAAUUCCCAAGAGCCAACUCUCUCCCAGUGUCCCUGGCAGCGUGCCACUGUUGUAUAUUGUUAAGUUGAACAAUAGUUUUAGGUAUUUUGUAAAUAAAGAUACCCACUGAAA